CAGGCUCCCGCAGGCAGCGAACUGGAGGAGCAGUUACGGGCCGUGUCCAGCGUGGAUGAGCUCAUGACGGUUCUCUACCCGGAGUACUGGAAAAUGUUCAAAUGUCAGCUGAGGAAGGGCGGGUGGCAGAGGCCCCGGGAGCACGCCACCUUCGACGCCAGGACCGAGGACACCGUCCAAUUCGCCGCGGCCCACUACAACACCGAAAUCUUGAAAAGUAUUGAUAAUGAGUGGAGAAAAACUCAGUGCAUGCCACGUGAGGUGUGUAUAGAUGUGGGGAAAGAGUUUGGAGCAGCAACAAACACCUUCUUUAAACCCCCAUGUGUAUCCAUCUACAGAUGUGGGGGUUGCUGCAACAGUGAGGGACUACAGUGUAUGAAUACCAGCACAAGUUACAUCAGCAAGACGUUGUUUGAAAUCACAGUGCCACUCUCUCAAGGCCCCAAGCCUGUAACAAUCAGUUUUGCCAAUCAUACUUCCUGCCGAUGCAUGUCUAAACUGGAUGUUUACAGACAAGUUCAUUCCAUUAUUAGGCGUUCCUUACCAGCGACACAAACACAGUGUCACUCGGCGAACGAAACCUGUCCCCAGAACUCCGUCUGGGACAACAGGGUCUGCAGGUGCCUGACUCAGCACGACCUCAGUUUCUCUUCCAACGCCGAGGAUGAAGACGCGUCAGACGAUUCCCAGGCCAUCUGCGGGCCCCACAAGGAGCUGGACGAAGACACGUGUCAGUGUGUGUGUCGCGGAGGCCCGAGAGCCUCGAGCUGCGGCCCUCACAGGGAACUGGACAGGACGUCGUGCCGCUGCGUCUGCAAGAACAGGGUCCUCCCCGCCUCGUGCGGUGCCCACCGGGAGUACGACCGUGACACGUGCCAGUGCGUGUGCAGGCGGGCCUGCCCGCGCCAUCAGCCCCUGAACCCCAACAAGUGCGUCUGCGAGUGCACCGAAUCGCCCAACAAGUGUUUCCUCCGGGGAAAGAGAUUUAACCAGCAGACCUGCAGUUGCUACAGACCGUCGUGUUCGGUUCGAACGAGGCGCUGCGACCCAGGAUUCUCUUUCAGUGAAGAAGUCUGCCGUUGCGUACCUUCAUACUGGAAAAGACCGCACGCUAACUAGGCCAGGAAAUCCCACCGGCCAGUGGCCGUGCAAUUCUCCAACCCGAACGCGAGACUGUUGCCCACCUUCGGGAUUAACCGUGACCCAGAAACCCGGUCCGGAUGACGGGAGGACCACCCGGUUUCUGGAACUCUGAGAAAAAGAGUAGAGAAGCCAACCGGGGCUCAUUCACGCUAAGCGCUUAGUACGGUGCUUUGCACACAGUAAGCGCUCAAUGAAUACGAUUGAAUGAAUUAAAGGACUCACCAAGGACCCAUUUCCCACCCGGCGACCAAACAGCCUAAUAUUUUCUCUUUUGUGAUUUUUUUUUUUUUUAAAGAUAAUGACUAUAUAAUUUAUUUCCACUAAAAAUAUUGUGCAGCAUUCCUGUUUAUAGCAAUAACAAUUGUUAAAGCUCACUGUGAUCAAUAUUUUUAUAUCAUGCAAAGUAUGUUUAAAAUAAAAUGAAAAUCGUAUUAUAUGUUGGCAAACAC